UAAAAAUAGCUAUGACGUUUCGUGGAAUUUUCCACAGAAAACGAGGCAAGAAGGCCUUCAAAACCAUGCGCUGUGAACUUUGAACGCGUGUUUGACCUCCUGAUUUUCCGAAAAUGUGUAACCUAGAACUUCUCGGAAGAAAUUUGUUUAUCAGUCAGUGGCAAAAACACGUUUAUAAGAUGCAUGUGCAACUAGUGAAAUACGACUGCAUUCUUGUGGUAAGCUAACUUCAUGCAAAACGGGCAGAGGAAAAAGAAUGAUAGCAAUUUACUGGAGCCGUCGUAAUCGGUUGAAAAUUUUAAUAAAAUAAAUAUAACUUUAGGAGAGGCCUGUUGUAAGUUUUUCGGUAUCUUAAGUAGAGGAUUACCUUAUAUGGAAAAUGCUUAAAAUAGCACAUGACGUAUUGCAAAGGUUACGAUCUACGCACACUUCUGGAGAAAUGACCCGGAAACUGAUGCUUUCUGUCACGGAAAGCUCACGAGAGAGAUUCGAUUCGAAUUUCUUGAGAUUGAAACUGAGAUUUAAGCUUGCUUAGAUAUCAUCGCUGACCAAACUUUAAAUCAAAAUACUACUCGCGCCUUUUUUUUGAAUAUAAUUGUGACUGAAUUAAGUUCCUAGAAUUAUUUAUCGCGUUUUCGCUUGUAUUGUGAAUCGUCAUUUGAUUUCGCGACUUUAUUUUUAAAAAAACCCAGCAGUAUUUGUCUAUAUUUUCUUUUCUGUCGAGAUGCACAUCCAGGUCGAGGAGCGUGUGUUUUCUUCCAUUGCAGAUUCAAGUGGAUGUCUUGGUAGUGCGCUUGUGGCAGGUGAUUCCAACGUACAUCGUAUCCAAGCAGCGAUUCAAAAUUGGUCCACUAUUCGAUGCCUCCCAGUAUCAGGAGCCAAGUUUGUGAAUGACAAGAAGGGAUUUGUGGCAGUUCUGCAGCUUUCAUUGAAGAAGGAGUUUUACCCAUGUGUCUAUAUUCAUCUUGGCUCCAAUGAUGUUCAAGCCAGAGAGGAUGUGUUUUAUAGGACAGAAUCACCUUUCCUUCCCUAGAUGAUUGGCUGGAAUAUCUCCCAGAAAAAAGAAUCGACCCAGAAACCACUGAUUUACGCUUCUGUCCAAAACACCUGAGAAGCAAGCUGAAGUUGUUACUGUUUGAUGAGGACUACCUGGACAUGCCGACAAACAAAUCAUACACAAUGAGCGACCACCUGUGUACACUGGAUUUUGAAAGUAAUCAUUAUACUAAAAAUUUCUUAAAUAUUGAGAAAAAAUUUAUUGAAAAAAGACUUUUGUUAGGUGAAGACUGGUCAGAUUAUAAUGGUAAAUUUGAGGAAAAUGACACUGAUUCACUUUUAAGUCCAGAUCCAAAAGUCCGCAAGCACAGGCAGUUCCAUGGUGGAAAAUAUCAAUUCCACUUUGUCCAAACUUCACGUCCUGAAUUAAGUUCAAAUUCUCAUUCUGGAACUAAGUUAAAGCCUGUAAAAAGAAAAGCUUCCUGUACAUUUCCAAAUGAAUGGUCAAGUAUCUUGCUGACAAAUUUACGAUUCUGUUCUCAUGCCAUAACUAUGCAGAACUUAUUUCUGAAUUUGAUUUUAGACGAAGGAAUUGUUGAUUGCAAAAAACUAAGUUUUCUUAAGUUAGAAUAUGACACUGCUCUAUUAGCAUCAGCCAAAACCUGCACCAAAGGUGUUUUUGUUUGUCAUGUAUUUAAAAUCAUUGUAGACAAUGCUGAAUAUCUGUACAUCCGCUAUGUUGAGUCUGGAGUGUAUGCUGGCCUAAUGGAACAGAAAUAUUUGCAAGAAAUCAAAGAUACAUUUCAUUACACUGACAAUAAUAUGUUUUUGCAUAAUACAUUAACAGUGGAAGAUAUACAGAACAUGGAAUCUGAUCAUAUAAAAGAUAAAAAGGAAAAGCCGAAUACAUAUAAGCCCAGCAGCAGACUUAAUGAUUUCUUUAAGCAAAAAUUCAUUCCAGGUAUUGCUGAUACAAGACAAAUGAAUGACACUGAUAAUAUUAAUUGUUUAUCCUUUGCAGUAUCAAUUUUGCCCUUUUCUUCAACCUCAACUGCCAAGUUUAUGGAUGCUUGUACUGCAGGAAAGGAAGACCGUCUUCAAGCUUUGCUUUUAGAUUUUAGGCACUCAAAAUUGGAACAGGUUCCUCGAAACUCGAGGGAAAUAUUUCAGCAGCAAUAUGAAGGAGAAGAAACCCUUUUAAGUCAGUCAAAGGCAUUAAAUUGUUUACCAGGUGAUGUCAAAAGAAAAACCGAACUAUUCAAAGGUGAUCCAAAAUUUGCAUCCAACUUCAUAAACAAGAAAAAACCUCAACUCAGAACAUCACUUAGAUAUCUUACUUUCAGUCUCUUUUUGCAGAAUGAAAUUAAUACAAUUUUCACUAAGUAUAGAACAUAUUACCCAGAUUUAAAUGCGGUUCAAUGUGAGGUUUUAGAAAUUCCUGCACUAGAGAGGCCAUCUAAGAAGAGGAAAAGCACAGCCUCUGUGAAGGUGACAAAAGAUGUGGAGCCAUUGAGUGUUAUGCAGGAAUCAAAAAAAUCUAUGUAUGAACAAUUUUCUAUUGAUUUAAUAGAGGAUGGAAAGAUAUAUAUUCAGGUAGCUGAGGAAGACACCAUGAUAUGUUGUAUGAAUGAUUAUAAUGAUUCUGGUUCUUUAAGAAAAGAAGUGUAUGUUUAUACCACUUGGCUAAAGCAAGAAUCUGGAGACUACUUCCAUUGUACCUGCAGUAUAUAUAGAACUUUAUUUGAUAUAGCUCAUAGCCAAACUCUAAAUUAUUCAAACAGGAAUAGCUGCAUGCACUGUACAUUCCUUAAGUGUAUUGUUCUUCCAAAUCUACAGAUAGAUGAAAGGGCUACAGAAACCAAAACCCGUAAAUUUGUUCAGGAGGGAAAGCAGUGUGCUGGCAAGGAUUUGAUUGAAUUAAGUGACUUUAAUGGUACACGGAAAUUUUCAGUUUUGGCAGAAGGAGAGACUAAACCUGUUUUUUUAUCACUGAGUCACAACAAGGCCAAAGCAAAUUAUACUGUGACCUGUCACAAUGGCGAGUGUCAAUCAAAGAAGGGACACAAACGAUAUUUAAAUAACUUGAAUUCUUCCAAUCUUUGCAGACAUUUAUUUGUGCUGAAACAUAAUCCAGAAUCCUGGAUUGAUUUGCAUGAAAGAAAUGCCACUAAUGAAACUUUUUUAGAUGACCAACUACUAGAUGAUGAAACAAAUGAUGAUGCUGGUGAUGGUGAUCCUGUUGAUACUAAUGACAAUUUUGAUCCUGAAACAGGUCUAUGGAAGUAUAAGUGUGAGAGCAGCCAUCCAGCAGCAGCUAGAGAGAGUGAUAUGUUGAGGCGUAACAUCAUCAAACGUGACGGAUGGAAUGAUUUGACCUUGAGUAGGCAGGCUGAUGGUUCAUUGAAGGGUCCCAAUUUCUAUCCAGAUAUGCCAGACAAUACAUGCUGCUGUGGAUCUGGAUGGUUGAAGCGAGAUGAUGAUCCAGAUUACUCUGAAAACGGGAAAUUGAUUCCUUUAGGUCGAGUUCUUACAGUUUACACACAGUUUGCGCCUGUGCAGUGUGAUGUUUACAAAAGAGUCUGUUACAACCCGAUAGACGACAGUCGCUGUGAACUUGCAUGGAAUGAAGGCCAGAGUGAAUCAAUUCAUGUUUUUAGUAGUAAAACAGCUGCAGGUGACGAAAUAGGAUGGGAGUUUACAUCAUCAGUAAUGAAAACUGGUUGCACUUUUUCAGCAUACUGUCAGAUGAAGGAUGAACUUUACAGAACUCGUGACCCAAAGGCCAAGUUUAUGGAUGCAACAGUUUUUUUAAAAUGGUGGUUUAGUUGGGCAGCUAAUAUGAACAUUGAUUUCAGACAACCAUGUGACAUUUGUAGGUAUGAGCCUAAUAGACUGUGCUGUGAUGGAACCAGAGUAGGCGUAGGUUUCCGUCAUUCAAAUUUCACAGAAAUAAGUAAACCUGAUAGUUCUUUACAGACACAGCAAACAUUGCAUCGACGGAUGGACAGAUGUUACCUGAAGAAUAAGCCUGGAGUUGAAAAGAGACAGAUGAUCGCUUAUCGUGAAGCAUUGGAUAAUAUAGCCCGAACUACAGUUGCAGAAUUUGAACCGUUAGAUAUUCCAGAAAAUAAUGAUAGAAUUAAUUUACUUAUGCAGGCUCUACCUGAGGAGGCUCAUCAAUCAUUCCAGCGAUUUACUCGAGGGAUGUCAGAAUUUGAAAGAGUAGCUUAUGCAUCUGUCCUUAAGAUGUUGGCUACAACAGCAUCUGUGACAAGCAUUUUGUCACCAGAAUAUGCACUUUUCUUGCAGGAAUUUCUAACUAAUGAAAAUCUUUCAGAUUUUGAGUUUAACAGACAGAUGUAUGAGAUGAGAUCAUUUGCUCCAGAAAUACGGGACUUGAUCGCAGAAUCGAUGUUGAACAAUAACAACAUUCUACCUGAUGACAUUAAACUUUUUCUAGUUCAUCUUACUAAUGAGUCUCUAAACUUACCAGUUUAUGCCCCAGAGGAUGCUACUUUUCAAUUCGGAACAUACAACCCUGAGAAGCUGGGCCGGGCUUAUUACUUCAAUGAACAUGGUGUUAAACUGAGGAAUGUACGCAAAUUUCAGAUAGAUGAGGACCGAGCAGGCAGAAACAAUGACCAUGAUGAUGAAGCUAUGGACUUUGAGCGAUGCAGAAAGAUUUACUCAAAAAUACAACAAUCAGCACCCGGCACAUCUAACUUGUUUCUUUGGUUUUGUCCAGAUCACGGUCAUUGCUAUGGAUUCCACAUGACAGUGGCUGAAGGCAGAAAAGAUCCAUCAGCUUCAUUAUACUCUCAUCUAGCCAAACCUCCACAAGCAGUGUUUUAUGACUUUGCCUGUAACUUACAGGAAUAUUGCCUCAACAGAGAGAGUGGGUACUACAAGAAUGUUAGAUUUUUUCACGAUAUUUUUCAUGGUUAUUCACACAAAUGCUCUACUUCUUUUAGAAGCUCUCGACUUCAAGGAUUUGAAAGUGUGAACUCAGAAAUCUGCGAACAGUUCAACAGCUUCAUCCAGAUUCUGAAGAAAUCAGCAAGACAAAUGACACAAUCUCAUUUCUGUUUCUAUCUUCAGUUCUUUAUUCAUGAGUGGAACAGGAGAAAAAGAGUUGCUUACAAGAGGAAAAUCAGCACUGCACUAGCUGGGCUUUUAUGAAAUGUAUAACAACUUUGAUUUUCAGAGAGCUGUGCAUCAUAAAAUGAUCAAAUGAACUAUGUUUAAUUUAUAUUUCAUUCACUUCUUAUAUAUAUUUGUUUGACUUUCUCAUUUGCGUAUACUUUUGACUAGUAAUUAUCACUGCAUCUGCAAUUGUUUUCGGUUUCUGCUGUGUUUGUUAGUAUGUUUCAGUUUGAGCGAACAGACUCCAACUUUGGCUUCCAGCUUUGCUGUUGAGAAAGGUCAACAAGUUCCACCAGAAGUUCCACCAGAAAUACAUCACGUCUUUAAUGUUUGAGGCAGAUUUUCCACAGCGUCUUCAUCCAAUCUACUUGUGUCGGCAUGUGCAACUACUUAAUCUGAAGGCUUGGAGGGAAUUGUAGCUCAGUGCUUCAUCCUUUAUGUGGAUAAACAAAAGGGAACCAGAAGGAUCGAUCUAAAGACAUUCUUUUCAUAAAUCUGUUGGUGUCAAACAAUAUAAUUUUGAUUGAUCAGUCUUCUUAGUGCCUGUAGUGAACAGUAUGUAUUGUAUUAUAUGUAGUAUAAUAAUCAAUUAAGUGUUGAUAAAUGUCUUACAAUUAUCGUAUAACCCUUUAUAUCAAGUUUUGUUAUUUAAUUGUAGAACAGCAAAAGAAACAUUUGUGGAUUUUAAAAGAUAAGGCAGAGGCUAUGUUUACACUGUAAAUGUUCAACUGGUGAAUUCCAUUAUUUGUUGCAAUAUCUAGAUUUUGAUAAUGUAAGGAAUGAUUUCUGAUUAAAGUAUUACAAUAGGAAUCCAAUCUCUGUUAUGCUUAAAGAUGCACUUUUACUCCCAAAUUAGAUAUUCCACAGUUUAUAUGAUUGUUUUUUAUAUAAAAAAAUAAGAUUCUUAUGAAGGAUACAGAGUUGAAUUUGAAAGAAGGUUGCAGGAAACAUAAAGAUCAUAAUCUUUUAGCACUCAUAAUCUUUUAGCACUCACCAAUCAUUUAAUAUUUUUAAUUUUAGGAAUUAAAUACACAGUUACAAUAUUGUUAUCAGGAAUCAAUAUUUUCCAUAAAUGCAUUAUUUAGUAAGUAGUUAAAGGUUUAUCAGUCGAAAUGUAUGUUUCAUACAUGUGUAUAUUUUGAUUUUGAAUAAGAGUCACUUGAAAGAUUUAGCUAAAAAUGUUAGAAGAAGAAACUGAAAUUGCCCAAUUCUGUACAAAUAAUUAAGGUCAUACAUUCGCUUAUACACAUUUUAUCAAUGUGGAAUGUUAACUUAAAUUGUUUCUUAAGUAUGAUAUAACAAUCUAUAUUGCAUAAGUAAUUGAAGAUAUUGUUAAAUACCACUUGUAUGUGUACAUGCUGGGUACCCCUUGCACAUAAUGAAAGCUAGGUAUGAAUAAUAUACGAUUUUAAAAUAAUUGCAGUAAAAGACGGCAGUAAACUGAAUGGAAGCUGUACACACACUUAUAAGUACACCUUCAC